AUGAAUAUCCACCCAAACAUAACUAGUAAAAGCAGGUUCUUGUUGAAUGGUGUAAAUGAUAUGAUACAGAAAGAAUCAAAUACUUCUUCACCCACCUCCAUAAAACAAACUUGAUCAAACCCUAGCGUUCUCUUCUUCUUCUUCUCCACCAAAUUCAAAACAAUGAUGAGACUAUUCACACACAGAAACUCAACACUCAUCACCAACAGAUUCAUCUCACCAUUUCACUCAAGAAAAUCAUCAACAAACACUUCACCAAUCAACGACGAAACAGUCAAUCAAAUCACAACAAUUCUCACAAACCGCAACUGGCCCCACCUCCUCAAUUCAUCCCCAAAUCUCCUCAAUAACCUAAAUCCAGAUGUCAUACAAUCCGUUCUUCAUCACAACCAACGACUUGACCCUAAUCGUCUCCUCCAUUUCUUCAAUUGGUCGCUUCAUCAAAUGGGUAUUCAUCAAAACCUCAAAUCUUAUUUAAUUCUUUGUGUUGUGCUUUGUAAUUCGAGUCAGUUGAGGCAUGCUAGUGUUGUGCUAGGCCAGAUGAUUGAUACCCGGAAUCCGGUUUCCGUAGUUAUCGAUUCGAUUGAUCGGUUUUGUAGUUCGAGUGAGGGGGUGUUGAAAUUUAGGGGUGUGAUAUAUGGUAUGGUUGUUGAUGGUUAUAAGAAUAAAGGGAUGUUGGAUGAAGCUGUUUGUGUUGUGUUAGGGAUUAACGAUAGGGAAUGUUUUCCCGACUCGGCUUGUGUUAAUUCGUUGAUGACGAGUUUGUUGAAAUAUCGGAAAAAUGAGUCGGUAUGGAAGGUGUUAGAUAAAAUGCUUGAGUUGAAGAUUGUGCCUGAUGUGUAUAUCUACACUAAUUUGAUUAGCGCGCUGUGUAAAGACGGGAAGGUGAGUGAGGCAAAAAGGGUUUUCGUUGAAAUGGGGGAGAACGGGUGUGAUCCGAGUUUGGUAACGUACAAUGUACUUAUCGGAGGGUUAUGCAAAGGUGGGGUUAUCGAUGAAGCGUUUGAGCUUAAGAGGUCAAUGACUGAAAAAGGCUUUGUUCCCGAUCGGUAUACUUAUACGACACUCAUAGACGGGUUAUGCAAAACGAAGAAAUUGGAAGAGGCAAAGAUGGUUUUAGAAGAUAUGUCGAAGGUGGGUGUGUUUCCGGAUCAUGUUGCUUAUAGUGCGUUAAUUGACGGGUUCAUGAAACAGGGGUGUGUUGAUGAGGCUUUAACGUUGAAAGACGAGAUGUUUGUUAAUGGAGUUAGGUUAAACGCCGUGACUUAUAAUUCUAUUAUAUCCGGGCUAUGCAAAGCACGGCGUUUUGAAGAAGCAACUGCGGUGUUAACUGGUAUGAAAGAGAAAGGUACUUUUCCGGAUGUGUAUUGCUAUAAUUCACUUUUAAUCGGUCUCUGUAACGAUAGAAGAAUGGAAGAAGUGCAAUCGGUUUUGGCUCAAAUGAGGGCUAAUGGUGUAAAGCCGAACACUUUCACUUACGGAGCUGUGAUCAGUGGAUAUUGUAGGAUACCGAACAUGGAGGUUGCGGAUAAAUAUUUUAACGAAAUGGUGAAGUGUAAUAUAAUGCCGGAUCGUGUUAUAUUUACGUCUAUGAUAGAUGGUCACUGCAAAAAAGGAAACACGAAUGAAGCUAUCUCGAUAUUCAAAAGUAUGUUAGGAAAAAAUAUAAUUCCGGAUAUGCACAUGUAUAGCGUACUCAUCAACGGUUUUGCUAGAAACGGUUUAAUGGAUAAAGCUAUUGCGGUUUUGUCGGAACUCAUGGAAAAAGGUCUGAAUCCCGAUGUGAUCACGUACACCUCUAUAAUUUCCGGGUUCUGUAAAAAAGGGGAUCUUCUAGAAGCUUUCAAUAUGGUUGAUAAAAUGGUACGUAAAGGGGUUAAUCCAAAUAUUGUUACUUACAAUGUUUUGAUCGGUGGAUUAUGCAAGUCGGGUGAUAUACAAAAAGCUCGUGAAUUGUUUGACGGGAUUUCUUCCAAGGGUUUGACACCCGAUGGUGUGACGUAUGCUACAAUGAUAGACGGAUAUUGUAAAUCCGGGAGUUUGUCCGACGGUUUUGAUUUAUUUGACCGAAUGGACCAAAGUGGAAUUCGACCGGAUUAUGUUGUAUAUAAUGCGCUUCUCAAUGGGUGCUGCAAAGAAUUAGAGAUUGAAAAGGCGUUGACUUUAUUCGACAAAAUGGCGGAGAAAGGGUUUGUUUCUGCGUAUACGUACAAUACUUUGAUAAAUAUGUACUGUAAGUCGGGGAAGAUAUUGGAAGCCGAUGAGUUAUUGAAAGAUAUGAUCGAUAAUAAGCAAAUAAAACCGAAUCAUGUCACAUUUACAAUCUUGAUCGAUUGUUACUGUAAAGCUGAGAUGAUGAAAGAAGCCGAAGAUCUUUUCCUUGAAAUGCAGAAUCGGGAUUUAACGCCAACGAUUGUGACGUACACAUGCUUAGCUAAUGGUUACAUGAGAUCGGGAAAUAAAGAUAAAAUGAUUUCGAUCUUCGAACAAAUGGUGGCAAAAGGUAUCGGUUUAGAUACGAUGGUAUACAACAUGUUGGAUGAAGAUCAAGGGAGUCUGGAGAAAUCUUUUAUGCUUUUAGACGAGUUGUUACAAAAGGGUUUAUCGGGUCGGGAUGUUUACGAUAAAUUGGUUGACACGCUGUGUCAAAACGGUAAGUUUAAAGAAGCAGUGGCGUCAAUUGAUGAAAUUGGGAAACGCGGGGUUAUGCUUAGUUUUGCUACGUGUAGCACGUUAGUACACAAGUUGCAUAGUGCGGGAUACAAGAAUAAGUUGGCCGAAGUUUUGGAAAGUAUGGAAGGUUUUGGAUGGGUCCCACAAGCGUCUAGUUUAACUGAUUUUAUUCAGCAGCAUGAAGCUGAUGGUGAGUGGGAGAAUAAUGGACUCAAUCUACCGAACCAAGUUGUUUGAAAGUUCGGUUCCUGGGUACUGUUGGAACUAUGAACCAUGGUUUGGGUUGCUUACUUGACGGAAUGCUAUAAUUGACCGCACACCUGAAAGUUUUUUGGGGCUCGAGUGCGUGAAUAAAAUCAGGUCGUGGCUCUGUGUUUCUCGAGGAUCAUUAAGGUAUGAAUGACAUCAUGCUACUUAUACUUGAUUCAUUCGUAUAUUUAAUCUAGUACUAGCACUCUGGGAAAGACAGACGGGUACAUACAUCUCAAGCUGAAUACAUUAAUCACAGUUGACUUGUUAUCGGUAGAGAAAACUGUCGAGUAGAUCGAGAGUUUCAUCAUUGUUUUGUUGUACUUUUGUCAAGCCACAGUGCAUAGUUGUAUAUUCAAUGAAAAAGGGUUGGUAAUGAUGUUUUGCUUA